AUGAGUGAAGAAGUUCCAGAAUCUCAACCAGAACAACAACCAGUUGAUGUCACAAAGAAAGUACCUGAAACUGAAGAAGAAAGAGCCGAAAGAUUGGCCAAACAAGAAGAAGUAGAUGGUAGAUCAGUAUAUGUUGGUAAUGUUGAUUAUCAAUCUACACCUGAACAAUUGGAAGAAUUCUUUCAUGUAGUUGGUGUAAUCGAAAGAGUAACUAUUUUAUUCGAUAGAUAUUCAGGCUUACCAAAAGGUUAUGCUUAUGUUGAAUUUGAAAAUGUUGAAAGCGUUGAAAAAGCCAUUGAAGAUUUACAUGGUAAAACUUUUAGAGGUAGAGAAUUAAGAGUUACUGCUAAAAGAACCAAUUUACCAGGGUUUAGAAAGAAUCUGAAUGGAUUCAGAGGUGGAAGAGGUGGUCCAAGAGGUGGUGCUAGAGGUACUUUUAGAGGAGGUAGAGGUCCUAGAGGAUCAUUCAGAGGAAGAGGAAGAGGUAGAGGUGGAUAUCGUGGAUCAUCGUCUGGUGAAAUUGAUGGUGAAGCUGUUGGAUCAAGUGAAGCCGAAACUACUGGUGGUGAAGGCGAAUCUGCUGAAUAG